CCAAUCGUACAACACAUUUCGAGAUGAAGUUCGUGGCCUUUUUUCUGCUGAGCAGCCUUACCAUUGCGAUGGUUCUGGCAUUUCCUAGUAGCGACAAUGAAAUUGUUGCUGUGCCAGUUGAUAACCUGCAUGCUGCAGCAUUGGAUUCGGGAUCCGCAGAUCCAGCGACAUCGACAGACCAGAUCUCUAACAGCCUACGCUCGCCACGUCAUCUCCUGAGCAAACUGUGGCAGCCGAAGACCGUAGUGGUGCAGCCGGUGAUUGUGGAGCAGCGAUUGGUUUCCGCCCAAUAUCCCGGCUACGCACAGCCUUUUCCCAGUUACUACGGCCAGGGCAGACGCUACUAUUAGACGACACUUUAAAGAUUUAUUUGUAGCAAAUUUAAUAAAAUAAAGACGCCUGACCUUUAAGUCAAAGAUUAA